CCUUUUUUGCCUGGUGGUGGGCAGCAAGGCUGAGGCUGGCUUCUGCAUCUGCAGUUGCCAUCGGUGGAGGGAGCCAAAAAAGGGGAGGAGAGCUUUCCCUCCGGAGGGGCCUGGACCCCCUGGGAACCCCCCAGUUGGGGCUUGGCCCACCCUCCUCUCCUCCAGCCAGCCUCCCUUUUCUCCAAGCAGAGCAGCCUUUCUUUGAAACCCCUUUGGAAAAGACCAGCCAGUGGCCAGCCCCUUCCCUCCCUUUGGAAGGCGUGGAGUGCCUCUGGCUCUGUGUGUGUGGGGUGUGUGUGUGUUGUGAGUCUGGCUUGGCCUCCCCUUCGCCUUGGCCGCCAUAACUAGUGCGAGGGCAACCCCAACUUGUUGGCAGAGCCAGCUCCUUCUCCCCAGAGCCCUCCUUCUUCCCUUUCUUUACCAAGGACAAGAAGUGGCGGAGCAGCAGCAAAGAGCAGUGACAAAGAUGGAUCAAGGAGUACCCACAAGCUGUGUACCUGCGCUUUCAGUGGGACUCCUACUCUAUUUACAACAGGAAUACACUGAGUCCCAUAAAGAGUCGUCUGAUCUAUAUGCUUUAUAUACCAGUGCAACUAAUCAGAAGCAUGUGCUUAAGCGGAAGAGUUGCUGAAGCUCAUUCUGGAAGUCCUUUCUGUUGCCUGGUGUGGCAAAUGUAUGUUCAUUUGGAGAAGUGAUCCAUCAGAUAAAAGACACUUGGAAACUGCAGCAUAUUAAUUUAAUCAUAAUGCAAUAAUGUUUCUGUUUUCACACACACUCUAAGCUCAACUCUCUAAGCUUUUCUGCCAAAUGAACUUUCGUUGCUGCGCUUAUCCAGCUACUUCCAUUGGAAGAAAACUCAUAACAUGGCCCUCGUUCUAUAUGGAGUUGUGAGUUUAUUUCUUGGAAUGGCAACAACACUUGGUCCAGUGCCUCGGAUCACUUGGGAACACAAAGAAGUUCAUCUAGAACAUUUUCAGGAACCAGAAAUAUUUAACUAUUCAACUUUGUUACUAAAUGAAGACAAAGAAGUUUUGUAUGUAGGAGCUAGAGAAGUCAUCUUUGCUCUGAAUUCAUUGAAUAUUUCUGAAAGAAAACAAGAGGUGUUUUGGAAGGUCACAGAAUACCAGAAAACUAGAUGUGCAGAAAAGGGCAAAUCCAAGCAGACAGAGUGCCUUAAUUAUAUCCGUGUCUUACAACAACUGAAUGAUGCUUUGCUCUAUGUAUGUGGAACCAAUGCAUUUCAGCCAGUCUGUGAUCAUCUGAAUUUGACAUCAUUUGAACUUAUGGGCAGAAAUGAUGAUGGUAAAGGACGAUGUCCAUUUGAUCCUGCACAAAGUUAUACAUCAGUUAUGGUUGAUGGAGAUCUUUAUUCGGGAACAUCUUACAACUUCUUGGGAAGUGAACCUAUCAUUUCUAGGAAUUCACUGCAGAAUCCACUGAGGACUGAAUAUGCAAUUCCUUGGCUUAAUGAACCACAUUUCAUUUUUGCUGAUGUAAUAAGAGCUGAUCCAGACAGUGCUGGUGAGGAUGAUGACAAAGUGUAUUUCUUUUUCACUGAGGUGUCAGUGGAAUAUGAAUUUCUUGGCAAGCUGAUGAUUCCAAGGAUAGCAAGAGUUUGUAAGGGGGAUCAAGGAGGACACAGAACUUUGCAAAAGAAAUGGACUUCCUAUCUCAAGGCCAGAUUGCUUUGCUCUGUACCAGAUAAAAACUUAUUUUUCAACAUUGUCAAUGAUGUCUUUAUCCUUAAAACUCCCAGCUUGAAGGAACCAGUGAUUUAUGGGGUUUUCACCCCACAAUUGAACAAUGUGGGUCUUUCAGCAGUGUGUGCCUACAACAUCUCUACAGUGGAGGAUGUUUUUGCCAAAGGGAAGUACAUGCAGAGCACCACAGUUGAACAGUCCCACACAAAGUGGCUACGAUACAAUGGAGAGAUUCCAAAACCUCGACCUGGAGCUUGUAUAAACAAAGACUCCAGAGCAGAAAAAAUCAAUUCGACACUCAACUUACCUGACAAAACACUACAGUUUGUCAAAGACCAUCCUCUGAUGGAUGACUCUGUAACUCCAAUAGGAGACAGACCCAGACUGGUAAAACGAGAUGUGAAGUAUACACAGAUUGUAGUAGACCAAGUCCGAGCGCUAAAUGGCACUUUGUAUGAUGUCAUGUUCAUCAGUACAGAUCAAGGAGCCCUUCACAAAGCAAUCAGCUAUGAAAGCGGAAUGCAUAUUAUUGAAGAAACUCAACUCUUCCCUAAUUUUGAGCCCAUUCAGACAUUAUUGCUUUCUUCAAAAAAGGGCAAACAGUAUCUCUAUGCAGGAUCCAAUGCAGGAGUUGUCCAGUCUUCUGUUGCAUUUUGUGACAAGUACAGCACUUGUGUCGACUGUGUUCUGGCAAGAGAUCCAUAUUGUGCUUGGAAUCCCCAUACAUCCUCUUGUGUUCAUAUCUUCAAAGAAAGUGAGACUGAGAGGGAUUGGAUUCAGAAUAUCAGUGGGGAUGCCUCCUCUUGCUCUGAUAAAGUCAGAGAGCAUUCUCUGCAGCAUACUUUCAAGCAUGGGAGUACUGCAGAGCUGAAAUGUUCCCAGAAGUCCAACCUGGCUCAGGUGGUUUGGAAAUUCAAGGAUGAUGUGUUAAAGGUGGAAAGUCCCAAGUACCGACUUCUGGAAAAAGCCCUUCUCAUCUUCAAUUUGUCUGAGGGAGACAGUGGUGUUUAUCAGUGCCUGUCAGAAGAAAAAGUGAAGAACCAGAAGUUCUCACAGGUGUUAGCUAAACAUGUUUUGGAACUGAAAAAAGUCCAGCACACCACUUUGAGCCCAACCCAGCCAACCACUCGGACUGAAGGUAACGGGGAAAUGCUGAAAACAUCAGUCGUAGCUACUGAGGGGUCAGCUGCUCACACUUCAACCACUCCAGUUGUAUCAAUCACAACAUCCAGGAUAGUAACAAAUCCCAUUGUCCCUGACUUAAUGAGUACUGUCUCUGAAAUGGAACACUCAAAUUCACUUGCUGAGGUCCCUGAGAAGACCCUCUUUCUGAAGUCAAAUGAUAAUUCACUUUUGAUGUUUCUUUUUCUGUUCUUUUUUGUGCUCUUCUUAUGUCUGUUUGCCUACAACUGUUACAAUGGGUUUUUACCAGACCAAUGUCUAAAGUUCCGCUCUGCUAUGUUACUUGGGAAGAAAAAACCUAAGACAGAUUUUUCUGACUGUGAGCAAAGUGUGAAGGAGACACUGGUGGAGCCAGGCAGUCUCAUGACCCAAAGUGGAGAUCAUCCAAAGCCAGCGCAUGAUACAGGCUAUGAGACUGAAGCAGACUGUGGGAAUGGCCAUGUUCAACACGAUGAGGAACAUUCACAUUCUUACAAAGAAGUCAAAGACAAACCUUUUGAUGUUAAAUGUGAACUGAAAUUUGCUGACUCAGAUGCUGAGGGUGAUUAAAGGAGAAAAUCCCCACCUUCUCUAAUGAAAGUACUGUUAUACUGGAUUGUCUCUUUUUUGAGUGCAUACUUUUCAGUGUGAUAACUGGGUCAGAAAGGGCUACAGGUUCGCAUUUGUACUGGUGACACAUUGUCAUUUCAGACAUGCCUAGAGCAGAGAACAAUUUUGCAUUCUGUUACAUUUUUACUUUUUAUGUUUUUGUCUUACCUUUUUUUUUAAAAAAAAUGGCCAGUUAUGAUUUCACAUUGUGAUUUUCUACACUCUUCCCCCUCAGCCCACCUUUUGAGGAUGAUUUAACACUCGCACAUAUUAUUGUAAUUAAUUUCUCUUUUUCUUAGGAGGUAAAAAUUAACUCUUUAAUGCAGAGCCAUGCCAAAAAGGAUUUAAAUAGCUCCAGGCUGUGCAUACUUAACUGCCAUUAAAAAUCUAAUUUCAGUUUAAUUCCAAAUUGGAAAUGAUAUUUAGUUUAUCAGAUUGGUAAAUUAUAGCCUUUUUGUCCGGAUUGGGACAUUUCUUUGCAUCUAGUGAUUUCUAAUGCUUAAUGUAAUGCAGUAGUUGUAUUUUGUCUGGUAGAUUUUACUGGUUAAAGAAAUGUUGAACUUAAAAAAAAAAACACAUGUUAGUGUUAGUUUAUUAGAUUAUGAUGUAUAUUGGUACAAAUCUGGCUAGAUUUGCUUAAGGUUCUCAGGGAUAUGCAUUGGUUAAAUGCUUUUUUCCUUUUAGAAAUGUCAAGGUGGUAAUCAUUUUUGAGUGCUUAAUGUUCAUUUUUGGUUGUUGUUGUGGGAGACUUUGCUUUACAACAGAGAUAUUUUUAAAAAGAAGUUGGACACUGCCACAUUAAUUGGAUUUUAUAAGUUUUUUUAAACAAUAGUGGAUUAUUGCAAGUAAACAGUCACAGAACUACAUCAUUGUGAGAAGCUUGUGUCUUGCAGAUACAAUGUAGAAGUUGGCAAGCAUUUUAUUGGGCAUCCUGAAAGAGACUGUUGUGGGUGUGAUCUAUUUUUCACAUUCUUUCACAGUUGAAAAGCAAUUGGCCUGCCCACCCACCCACCACAAAUAACCAGCUUUGCCAAAUAUUUUCACAUUUUCUUCACAACAUCCACCAAUGUUUUUAAAAGGCGAUGGAAGAAGGAAACCAGAAAUAGAUGGGAGCUGUCCCAGUCCUGGACCACAUUCUCUGUCCUGGGACUCUGUACUCAAUGUGAUUCACAACAGCACUAUUUUGCCUGUAAAAUUCCUUUGUGCUGUACAGUUUUAAUACUUGUUAUCUCACUGUCUUGUGUGUGUCUCUCUUGCUCUGUGUAGGAACUAGAGGGAUUAGAAAUAGGGAAGAUUUUCAUUGUUCGGUAGGCAAUAUGUCCUGAGACUUUUUUUCUUCGUUUCUGUUGAAAUCUUCGCCAACCCAACCUAGAGAUUCUUGCAAACAGUUUUAUAUUUUGUAUGAUCCAUUUUGCUUUUAUUUUUCUAUUUUUAAUUGUGUGUGUGUAUGUAUGUAUAUAUACAUGAAAACUGAUGAAAUAAAUACUGAAAUUAAUUGUA